UGAUGCACCUCGAUUAAUGCCAAGAAUCGCAUAAAAAUCUUUCCCCAUCUUGUCGUGCACGACCUGCCGGCCCCCGUCUGUAUUUGCGUUGCUAUGGCAAUAGCUAAGAAGGUGGGCAUUAAUUGAAGUGAUGAUCCGACAGUUUUCGGCUUGCUCACACUGCCGAAAGACGCUCUUAAAGGGAACCUUGCUUUCUAUUCAUCUGGCUGCAACCCCGCCCGAUGGACGGAAGUAUAGCAGCCGUAGUUGCUGGAAUGUUUUAGACGAGAAGGAACGAUUAGGAGAUGCCCCCAGAUUCAAGCUGACUUUUCCAUUCAAAGGCAAGUGUGGUGUAAAUGAAAAGCCUAGCGUUGGUUGUUGUGUACAAGAGCCCACGUUCACCGUUUACAAGGGAAAUUCAUCCGAAGUACGAACGUACAUUGUUGAGAGAGGUGACGAAUUGCUUUCUCUCCCAAGUGUGACAACAGUUCUUAAUCUAACACUUCCAAAGAGUAGGAAUUUCAUGCUUAAUAACUGGAAAAAGGGAAUGGUGAGGGAAUAUGGAGAAAUGGGAUAUCAGCAGGUCAGGGAUGAGAUAAGAGCUGUUGGAAAAGAGUUUCAUGCGGAAUUAGAAUCUAAGCUCUACAGACCUCACCUACUGUCAAUAAAGCCGCAAGAGCACCCACUCUUGAAAUGUUCAAUUCCUCCACCAUACAACACAACUACAAUCUCCUCCCUACCACCACCCCUUCCAUUCCCUCCCAGUCAUACCCUUCCUUCAAUGGAGAAUGAUGCAUGUGAUGUGGGCAGUGAAAACGUGGGUAAUCCAAGUACUGGUGAUGAUGUCAACAGUCGUAUACAAGCUCUACCUCAAAGGUACAUGUUUGUAGGCACCUUUUUCUGCUACUAACACAUUCAUGGCUAACCAAAGGUGUCUUACAUUCUGCAGUGACAGCAGGGAUGAUGUAUUGUCAUCUGCGUGUAGUGGCUACCUUGAGAGUGUGAACCCAGUAUUGGCUGACAUAAGUGAGGUGCACUAUUUAGAGAGUGUUGUAGCUCAUGUAGAGUUAGGCUACUCUGGUACUUGUGACUGCAUUGCUACAUACAGAGAUAGUUUGUGUUUGAUUGACUGGAAAACGUCAUCGAAGCCCCGUCCUUUGAUUACGGACCUACACGACUACCCUCUUCAAGCAGUUGCGUAUGCAGGGGCAGUCAAUCAAGACCUGCACUACCCUUUCAAGGUGGAUAAUGUUGCGAUUGUCGUUGCCUAUCCGUCUGGGGAGCCCUGCCAUGUCCACCUGUUUCCUCCUGAACUCUGUGAGAGAUACUGGGACCAAUGGUUACUCAGAUUGCUACAUUACCAGACACUCUUUAGCUCAGAUCUUAGUAAUGUUUGCUUUUGAAUCGUUUGUCACCUGCUUAGAAGAAUAUUUUGUCAAUUGCUGGCACUAU